AACUGAUUUUCUCUUUUAUCUGAUACUCGAUAAAUGGUCAAGAAAUGGUCUGACCAUUCACCGGCUGUUCAUUAGGCAAACGGGUAGAGAACCAUGAAGUUGCCGUUGCUAAUUUUUCUGGGAGUCCUUGGAGGACUUGACUCCCCCACCUAUGCCAUUCGAGUCAAGGGGAACUCUACGGGAAAAGGAUUCCUAAAGGAUCAGCGGAUUAUUGGCGGAGAAGAUGCCGCCGUGGGAUUUGCUCCGUAUCAAAUAUCCUUGCAAGGACUUUCGGGUGCCCACAACUGCGGAGGAGCCAUCAUUUCCGAAGGAUGGGUCCUUACUGCCGCUCAUUGUGUGGACGGCGCCGAUAUACGGAUGUUGGUGGUGGUCACUGGCACCAAUAAGUACACCCAGCCCGGAGGCAGAUACUUUAUCGAGUCCAUCCACAUCCACUGCAACUACGACACUCCCGAUAUGCACAACGACAUCGCCCUGCUGCACUUGCAGGAGCCGAUCGAAUGGAAUGAACUAACCCAGCCGAUUCCCUUGCCGUUGGUACCCAUGGAGCCGGGUGAUGAAGUGAUCCUCACCGGCUGGGGAUCCACGGUGCUUUGGGGCAUAGCCCCCAUUGAUCUGCAGGUUGUGUACCUCAGAUUUGUUCCCCAUCUGGAGUGUAAGGGCUUGCUGAGCUACGAUCCCGACCUAGAUGUGGGUCACAUUUGCACUUUUUCGCGACAGGGAGAAGGUGCCUGCCACGGAGAUUCUGGUGGACCAUUGAUCAGCAACGGUUACCUGGUGGGUUUGGUCAACUGGGGUUGGCCCUGCGCCACAGGAGUGCCGGAUGCCCACGCCAGUGUCUACUACUAUCGGGACUGGAUACGCAGUGUCAUAAGUGGUAACACCAAAUGCGGUGGUUAUAGCACCUCCGAAUGGCCAUAAACCCAGUCCAUAUUUAUAAGGCCACCCAGAUAAACUAGCCCUCGAUAAGACCCAAUUUCAGUUAAUAAAGUUUUGUUGGCUUUCAAGUA